AUGACACUUGCAAAUGGUAGCAGGGAUACUGCCACGCAAUGCAGCGACUCAAGAAUGCUUGACGGAGAUCAUAGUGAUUGGCUACACAGUAAUUUGACUUUCAUCUCUCAUGUGAAAUCUGGACAAGAUCUGCAAAAUGGAUCCACAUCUGCAAGAGGACAUGGACAAAAGAGCUUCGCUGAAAAAGUGAAUAUUGCAGCAAGAAACGACAGCGUGAUUCUUCUGAUCAGAAACGACAACGUGAAAGGGAUCGACCGAGUUGACACAAACAACGAUGAUGAGUCCGAUCCUGCAGGCAUUUUAGAGCCAUUUGAACAAGGUGCUACAUUGGAAGGCGAUGUGUUUGAUUCCUACCGAGUGACAAAUGGUGUUUCCACAACUAACCAGAUUGAUGAUCCUUAUGACUACGUGUACCACAAUCUACCAAGGAAGCAUCAUGCUUUGAAGCCAGUAAAAGACUGCGAACAUUGUGGAGCAAUGAGGAUCCAAUAUGAGGGUCCUGCUUUCUGUUGCAGAAAAGGGAAGGUGAAGAUAGCCACCCCUGAAGUUCCUCAGGAGUUACGACGGUUGUUUACAAGUCAGGUUGAUGAGGAUGCAAAAUAUUUCAGAAAGCACAUAAGAUAUUUCAAUAGCCACUUCUCCUUCACUAGCCUUGGAGUCACCCUGGAUAAGACGGUCAGCACUGCGUCAAAAACUGGGGUGUAUACAUUUCGUGCACAAGGGGCAUUGUAUUAUAAGAUGGACGAUCUGGUGCCUGGCGGUCAAGGACCUAGACAUCUCCAGCUCUACUUCUAUGACACGGAUGAAACCUUGGAACAUAGAGUUAAGCGGUCUCCAGAUCUUGAUAUCAAUAUCGUAAGGGCGAUUUUGAAGAUACUGGAGGAUAACCCGUAUGUGCAAACCUUUAAGAGCAUUGGAUCUGUUCCGAACCUGGACGAAUAUAGGAUAUCACUUAAUACAGAUAUAAGGCUGGACCAACGAAGGUACAAUGCACCCACAGCUUCCCAGGUGGCCGCGAUGUGGGUUGAGGGGAGUGACCCACAAAAUACCUUUGAUAGGCAAGUUGUGGUGUAUGGAAAAGGGGACCGUCCUAUAUUUAUUAGAGCUUACUAUGGUUGCUAUGAUCCUUUGGCGUAUCCAUUAUUCUUCCCGAGAGGGGAGACGGGAUGGAAUCGUUGGAUGCCAUAUGAGAAACCACCUAAAGUUGCAAAAUCAAAGAACCAGGAUGACACACCUAAGGUCGCUCAUGGUGAGAACCAGAAUGACAACGAGCAUGAACACUUGCAAGGUCUACAUCAGAGUUCAAAUGUACAGCUGGAAGAAAACACGGAUGAGGUAGAAGAAAACACAGAUGAGGUAGAAGAAAACACAGAUGAGGUAACAGAUGAUGAAGAGGAUCAGGAUGAUGAUGACACUGGAGGUAAACGAAAAUUUGUCAGCGCCAGGGAGUAUUACUGCUUCAAGCUACAACAAUGGGCUGUUGACAUGUACAUCAAGAUGGAGACAAUGAGACUUGAUUUCUUCUCCAAGCCUAAAAAUCAAAAGCGCAUUCGUGCAGAACUAUACCAGGGUGUUGUUGACGUUAUUGAUGCUGGCGAGACACGUGGUUCUGAGGUUGGAAAGAGAAUCGUGCUACCACGGACUUUUCCGGGAGACGGGUACGACAAGGUGAUAUCUGCAGAAAUUCCUGAGAAGGACAGGUACCCUCUAUUGCAUGCUUUGGUGGUGAAGCAUAUGCUCCACGGACCAUGUGGUGCUCUCAAGAAAAAUUGUCCUUGCAUGAUAGAUGGUGAAUGUCGAUUUCGCUAUCCUCGGCAGUUCUGUGAUGCUACGGAGCAAGGAAAGGACUCAUAUCCUAUCUAUAGGAGGAGGCAUGAUGGUCGCCGUGUGAAGGUCAGAGGAGCUGAGCUGGAUAAUAGGUGGGUUGUCCCAUACAACCCUGGUCUCCUUAUGCUGUAUAAUUGUCACAUCAAUGUUGAAGCUUGCUCUAGCAUCAAGGCAGUGAAAUAUUUAUUCAAAUACAUCUAUAAAGGACAUGAUCGUGCUUCAUUCUCAGUUGAUCCAGCAGCAGAUACAGAUGGUGGAGUAAUCAAUGAGAUUAAACAGUAUAGAGAUGCUAGAUUCGUGGGGCCACCGGAGUCUAUCCACAGGAUUUGCGCUUUUCCAAUGUACGGUGUCUCUCCCUCUGUUCUCCAACUUCAACUUCAUUUGGAAAAUAUGCAGUCUGUCACAUUCAAGGAGGGUGAUAAUCUAGAGGAUGUUAUCAGUCGGGAUUCUUCUUCCAACACCAUGCUCACUCAAUAUUUCAAGAUGAACAAGGUGGACCCUUAUGCGAGGAACUUCUUGUACAAAGAGUUCCCAGAAUUUUAUCGUUGGAUUAAGGGUAAGAAGAUAUGGCAGAUAAGAAAACUAAAGGGCCGGGGGCAGAUUGGGAGAAUUGUGUAUGCAAAUCCUGCUGAAGGUGAAAGGUACUUCCUAAGAAUACUUAUGAAUCAUGUUCGAGGUGCAACAUCAUAUGAAAAUUUGAAGACUGUGUAUGGCAAGUUGUGCGCGUCUUUCAGAGAAGCGUGUGAGAAAAGAGGUCUGAUAGAGACCGACAAGUCACUUGAUGACUGCUUGACUGAGUCUGCUACUUUCCAAAUGCCACGUGCUCUAAGAAGGCUAUUUGCAACUAUUCUGGUGUUUUGUGAGGCUACAAACAUCCGAUCAUUGUGGGAGAAGCACCUCGAAUCAAUGUCUGAGGACUACCUUCGGAACCAUCCCAACAAGGCCGCAGUAGAGCAGAUGGUCCUUAGAGACAUUAGGGAUCUGGUGCAUUCGAUGGGGAAGGAUAUUGGCAGUUAUGGCCUCCCAGAUUUGGAUCCGGUAGAUGAUGGGUGUUCAAGUGGUUACUCGAGAGAGGUUCAAGAGGAGAUGUCGAUCAUUCCGGACAAAAAAGAUAUAAAUUUGUUUACAUCUCUUAACACUGAGCAACGCGCUGGUUUUGAUGAAAUACUCUCUCACAUCGUCGACAAAAGGAGCCAGGUAUUCUUUGUUGAUGGUCCAGGUGGCACGGGAAAGACCUAUUUGUACAAAGCACUUCUUGCUAAGGUUCGUUCACUAGGACAAAUAGCUAUUGCAACAGCGACAUCUGGUAUAGCGGCAUCCAUCAUGCCUGGUGGACGCACCGCCCACUCAAGGUUCAAAAUUCCAAUUAAACUCACAGAUAGCAGCAUGUGCAAUUUCACCAAGCAAAGUGGUACUGCAGAUCUGCUCCGCAAGGCAUCUUUGAUAAUUUGGGACGAAGUAGCCAUGACAAAGCGUCAAACAGUUGAGACACUUGAUAGGUCCCUACAAGACAUCAUGGGAUGUGCUUUGCCUUUUGGUGGGAAGGUUGUGGUGUUUGGAGGAGAUUUUAGGCAGGUCCUUCCAGUGGUGACGCGUGGGACAAGAGCGCAGAUCACUGACGCCACGCUACGGAGAUCUCAUUUAUGGGAGAAGAUUAGAAAGAUACGCCUCACGCGUAAUAUGAGGGCACAAACUGACCCGUGGUUCUCCAGUUACCUCUUGAGAAUUGGGAAUGGAACAGAAGAGACGAUCGGUGGCGAUUAUGUGCGUCUUCCGGAUGACAUUGUUAUACCUUACACUUCUACAGAAGAACCAGUGAACAAGCUUAUUGAAGAUGUCUUCCCAUCGCUUCAUGAAAACACCGCAUCUGGAUCCUACAUGAGCUCACGUGCCAUUCUAUCAACCAAGAAUGAACAUGUGGACAAUCUAAAUACAAAGAUGAUUGAAAGGUUUCCUGGAAAUGAAAAGGUAUAUUAUAGCUUUGACUAUGUCGAGGAUGAUGCACGCAAUAACUACCCAAUUGACUAUCUAAACUCCAUAACUCCAAAUGGCCUGCCCCCGCAUCUUCUGAAACUCAAAGUCAAUUGUCCUGUCAUUCUUCUCCGAAAUCUUGAUCCUCACAACGGGUUGUGCAAUGGAAAAAGAUUGAUGAUUAGAGCAUUUCAAGAUAAUGCAAUUGAUGCAGAGAUUGUUGGUGGACAACAUGCUGGAGAUAGAGUGUUUAUACCGAGGAUCCCUUUGUCGCCUUCGGAUGAUAUUUCACUUCUGUUCAAAUUCAAGAGGAAACAGUUCCCCAUACGGUUGAGUUUUGCUAUGACCAUCAACAAAGCCCAGGGGCAAACCAUUCCAACUGUUGGUAUUUACCUCCCUGAGCCUGUAUUCUCGCAUGGCCAGCUUUAUGUUGCACUGUCGAGGGGUGUGUCAAGGCAUACCACUCGGAUUUUGGCCAAGCCAAAUAAUGACAUAGAUCCCACCGGAAAAAGCACGAAGAACAUUGUGUACAGGGAUGUCUUGGAGGGAUGA